AUGGGUUACAAGGAUAUGGAAGAGGGCUGUGGAUCUCCCUGGAGGAUCCAAAAGCGCUACGCACUUGAGCCAGGUGACCUAUUGGCUUUGUCCUUAUUUGUACUUGCUACCCAUCAACUGUAUUUAUUUGCCUACUUUAUCAUCCAGGAUACCUAUCUAAGAAAUUUGACAACCAUUACAGAAUUUCUGAUUUUGGGAUUUGAAAACCUUCACACUUUAAAACUGUUACUCUUUUUUAUUUUCCUGAUCAUUUAUAUUUUUACAGUAGGAGGAAAUCUAAUGAUAAUUGUAUUAGUAUUAACAAGUCAUCAUGUUCAAUCCCCGAUGUAUUUUUUUCUCAGUCACUUAUCAUUUUGCGAUGUGCUGCUCACCACAAACGCUGUCCCAAAUAUGUUACGGGUCAUAGUAGAAGAGGGCAGCACUAUGUCCGUAAAUGGCUGCCUCACACAAUUUUACCUAUUAUGUUCCUCAACUAUCGCCGAAUGUUUCCUUCUCAUGGUGAUGUCUUAUGAUCGAUAUCUUGCCAUUUGCAUCCCACUGCGUUAUUUCUCAAUUAUGAGCCACACAUUUUGUCUAAUUCUUGUUUUUUUCUCUUGGACUUUUGGUACAAUGCUUCCUUUAAUGGCAGUUAUUCCAGUGUUUCAUUUACAUUUUUGUGGUGACAAUGUGAUUGAUCAUUUCUACUGUGACUUUGCUCCACUAAUGGAACUUUCCUGUUCAGACACCACUCUGGUGGAAAGGGAGGUGUUUGUGAGCUCUAUUCCCACUGUAGUCUUGCCAUUCAUUUUUAUUGUUGUAACGUAUGUUUAUAUUUUCUUCACAAUCAUGAAUAUCCCUUCUACUAAAGGAAGAAAGAAGGCCUUCUCCACGUGCAGCUCCCAUUUGUCAGUUGUGUCUGCAUAUUAUGGAACUUUGAUCAUUAAAUACAUGGUACCUUUCAGAGGUCACUCUGUUUCUAUAAAUAAGACUGUAUCACUUCUGUAUACUGUAUUUACCCCAUUGUUUAACCCGUUAAUCUACAGCCUUCGGAAUAAAGAAAUUGUAGUAGCCAUACAAAAAUAUUUUUUACAAAGACAGAUAUUAAAGAUGUAG